CAUUCACUUAUUACAAUGGAACUUGGCGAAGAAUUUCUCUUGAUCAAGUAUACACUCCACCUGAAGAAGGACAAUGACUCGAACGCAGGUCAAGAUGGAUCGUGUGAGACUGAUUGGACGGCAACGCGAAGCAAUUCAUCGCUGGCACCAUCGAAACCUCAAACGAAAGAUAUGAGUGAUCUGCAAGGCAGUGUUGCUCAUGAUAAGCCUAAGCCGGCAGUAAAAGUCGAGGCUAUCAGCGCUACGCAGCAGCAGAGAGUCUCAAAGCAACAAGUGACAUCGAAGAGCUCGAAGAAUAUCAACCAAUCAGCAUACUCCAAGAAUAUAACCCAAUCAAGAAAGGCUGGUGCGGGCGAUGAAUGUGUGGAGCUAUUGAAACGAACCAAUCAGUUCAUCGAUCAGAUUGAGCGGAUUUACGGUAUCAGUGAUGAGCCUAAACAAUACUCUGAACAGUCACUGAGAGACACAAGCGAUGGAGACGUAUCAAUGAGGAGUGCGAAAUUAGAGAAACACUUUGGCGGUGGAGCGUUAAACGAGGCAAUAGCGAAAGAACAGUGUAGUGAUGAUACAACACCAUUGGAUUGGAUGUCACCUCCAUCGCCCAAUUCAGAUCGUUGUGUUGCAUUCGGUGAUAACGGCAAUAAUUCGAGUUUCUUACCGAAAAAAUUUGUUAUUGAUGUACUCAGAUUACAUAAUGUCGAAUCGUACACUGUUGUGGCUUCAUUGUUUUUGAAAUAUCUUCAAAUAUUGAGGCGAACUGAGCGUUGUUUUGCUUACGAUUAG